CUGUCUCAAUUAAAAGCCAAGUUGAACUCUAUUUUACAAACCAAAUUUUGGCUCUCUCUCUCUCUCUCUCCAAAGAACAAGCAAAGAAGAAUUUUUCACAUUACAAAGAAGAAGAAGAAGAAGAAGAAGAUUAGAGGAAAUGAAGCUAGUUUGGUCUCCAGAAACUGCAUCAAAAGCUUACAUCGACACCGUUAAAUCUUGCGAGAUUUUCCUAGAAUCCGGAGUAGCAGAGCUUGUAUCGGCGAUGGCGGCGGGGUGGAACGCCAAGUUCAUAGUGGAGACGUGGACGCAGGGAGGACCGAUCGCCACGAGCGUCGGCCUGGCUGUGGCCAGCCGCCACACGGGAGGGCGGCACGCGUGCGUGGUGCCGGACGAUCGGUCGCGAUCGGAAUACCUCCAAGCCCUAGGUGAGUUCUCGUCAGUCGCCGGAAUUGCGCCGCCGGAUGUUUUAGUCGGAGAGCCGGAGGAAGUGAUGGAGUCGCUCGCCGGCGCCGAUUUCAUGGUGGUGGAUUGCAAGCGGAAGGACUUCGCUAGGUUUCUGAGAGUGGCGGAGCUGAGCCACAGAGGCGCGGUGCUCGUGUGCAAGAACGCGAGCUCGAAGAACGCUGCCGGGUUCCGGUGGAGGCGCGUCGUGGUAGACGGAGGAUCGCGACGUUUGGUGAGGUCAGUGUUUUUGCCUGUGGGGAAUGGACUGGACAUCGCUCACGUCGGAGCGAUCGGCGGCGGAGGAGGGAGUUCUCGUCCGGCGAAGGGGGAGGGGAAGUGGAUAAAGCAUGUUGAUCAGCGAUCGGGAGAAGAACAUGUCAUUCGCAAGUGAUUUUGCCAAGGAAAUGUAAAUUUUUUAUUUUUUUAAUGUUUAAAUUUUAUGUACAGAAUUUGUCUUGUAUUUCACUGUUUUGUAGUACCUUUUUUUUUU